CCCGGCGUUUUCGCAAGGCCGACAUGUUCGUCACGCUGCUCCCGUGGCUCCUUGCGCUGGAGCUCGUGCUGCACGCCGGCUGCUUCGUCUGCGCGGUCAUCUGCGCGGCGACACUCGCCGUCACGCAGGGGCAGUUUGCCGGACAGUGCAUCCUCUACGCGAGUGUGUCCUACAACAGGUCCGCCGAGGCCAUCAAGCUCCAGGGCUUCGGCUCCUCGACCCUUUGCUACUUUGUGUCGGCCGUGUCUGUGUGCGUGGCCAUCUACUGCUCCGUCCUCAUCCUCUACUGGAUAUACAGCAGCUGCGUGGACGACCGCACCCAGAGGACGAGCCUGUGGACGAGCGUAUCUCUCGGUGCCUGCGGCAUCAUCUCCUUCUUCCUGCUGGUGUCCGGGUGCAUUCUGAGGAUCGGGAAGGACCACCUGUGCCUGUCCAUCAUCAACAGCGCUCCCACGGUUACCAGCUGCAAAGGAGCUGAGAAUGAGACAUGGCUCAGCCCCUAUGAUGGCAGGCAGUUCUACAGCAACCUGCAAAGCGCAGAGAAAUCUGUGUGGGUGAACCUGUUCUUCUGGGUGCUCAUCGUGAUCAUCAUGUCCGUCCAGAGGUGCCAAGGGGCAGAGGUCAGGCCAGGCCGUGGGAACAUGAACUGGACCCCCUCCGAAACGGAGCCCUUUUUGCACAGACCCCCAAGGCCUCAGUGACAGCUGCUCCGCUCACCCGGUCCAGCUUCCUGGGCCCAUGUCCACCCCUCUUGCCUUUCUAUCUUUUGGAUAUUUCCCCAAAAAUUAUGUAAUUUCAUCACUUGUUUUCUAUUCGUUCUUAUAACAAUUCAUAUUUUACUUGUUACAGAUCCAUUUAUAAUUUUUUC